UCUAAAAAUCAAACGGAACACUUUAGGUAUUUAAUAAAAGUAAUAAAUACAAAUUUAUUGCUAUUUAGUAUUGUGCGAGUAUUAAUUAAUUUAUUCAUUAAAUACAAUAUAUUAUGUUAUUAAAAGUAAAUACAAAUAAUAUUAUAUAUGAAAAAUUUUUAUAAAAUUAUAUUUAUAUUUUAGAUUCUGAGCGUAGCAAGGGAGCUAUUUGUUUUACUAAUAUGUUUAUUUUUCCUACUGGACAUGUUUUUUCCUAGUAAAAUUUCUCCGAUUUUUACGUGUAGUAACUUUUCUGAAAGUUCAAGUUAUCUAGGUGGUAAUUUUAAAGAAGUCAUUUUUUUGAUUUUCGAUGCAAUUUUUUAAAUAAAAGCACUUAAAUGGGAAAAAACGUAGAAAAAUGUACAAUUUCACGAUUUCAUUAUUUCAUAAAAAUACGGACUACGUUUUCUACCAGAAAAAAUCAUUUAAUCGAAAAAUCACUAGGUACCUUUUUUUUUUGCCUUUUUGAUUUACUUUCUUAUGGUAUCAUCGCCAAAACUUUUGAGAUUUAAGGAAUUUUAAUUUUUGGGAAUUUUUAUUGCUGUAUUUCAGUUACACAUAGAGGUUUGAAACUUGGUAACAAUAAUUAUAUUGGACUUACCUAGAUGUGAUAAAAUUUCCAAAAUCAUCGGACGCCUUUUUUUUUUUUAUAAAUAAGAGUUUUGAAAUCAAAUUUAAACGAAAAUCGCAAAAAAGACAUUACAGUACUUCAAAUUAAGCCGGUCCCGCACGACUCGUGUACUCGGCGAAUAAUCUUACAACCGUGAUGCCUUACGAGGCCGUGUAGGAGGUGUUUCAUCGUCAAAUAUGGGCGAUUAUUUUUACUCGUCGAGUCACUUGUCGUGUCCCAUCGGUUGUCGGUAAAUGUGACACGAGUCAAAAGAAUUAUCGUAAUCGUGGAAUUUCCCACACGACUCGGCCUUGCUCGCCACUCGCGCCGAUAUCGACGACAGCGACAAAAUAUAGUAAAUUAUUAUUUUUGUCCGAGUAUCCGAGGCGCGUAGGAGUAUUGGCGAUGACCAGAUGUAGUAUACGGUGAUCGGAUUAUGGUUAACGAGUGCACGAAGAUCGGCAUGUGUACAAGUCGUGUUGGGAGCGACAAAUCGCCAAGUCGAUAUACUCAGCGAGCAUCGUAAUCGCGUACGUUCGCCGAGCACACGAGUCGUGUGGGACCGGCUUUAUGUAUUACCGAACUGCGCUCGGCUUUCGUCAAGCGAUGAUUUAUCGUUGCUUACAGAUAUACAUGAAAUAACCUUAUGCAUCCUUCCUUCCCGAAUUCUCACCUACACAAGUAGCCACUCCCAUCCCCCAUCAUUAUCAGCUCUUUUUAUAUUUGCAUUUAUAAAUUGUAUUUUAGUUUUUUGUUAUGUUCUAAUUAUCCUACUUUCAUUAUUAUUGGUAGAAUUAAUUUGAAUGUAAGAACCUGUCUGCAUAGAUAAUACAUUUGGAAUAAAAACUGUAUUUUAUUUCCAUUUAUAUUUAAUUUCGAAUGUGUAAACAUUAUAUUAUUUUUCAAGAGCUUUUAUACACUAAUAACAAUGCAAACUAAAAAAAAUAAAAUGCCUCUGAAAAAUAUUAUUUUCCGAAUUUGUUAUUUCGGUGACCGCCAGGUGGCCGGUAGGUACUGAUAAGAAUCGUUUAUGAGUUCAUGAUGGAACCGUUUAUUUUAUUAGUAAUAUAAACUGUAGAUUCUUAGUGGAGCGAAGAAGCUUAUGAUUUUACAAAGAUUCUUUUCUUUUUUUUUUUGUGCACAAUUUUUCUACUAGCAAUUUGACUUCAACUUUUAAUGAUAGCAAUUUUUCUGAAAAAAAAUUUCACUAGGGAGGUACUUUAAACAGGUCAUUUUUCCAUUUUCCCCAGAGUUUUCUCAGCAAAUGUGAAAUACUGGAAUAACCGGGAAAGUCGGUGCAACAUUUAACAAAUAGUAUUAAAAUAAAUAUAUUGAGCCCAUUUAAUUAUUUUUACUAUGAUAUGGCAUAUAUAUUGUUGACAAAGCAUCACUAUCAACUGAACUCCGCUCAGAAUCGUAUUUUCGUAAGCAAUAGUUUAUAUUGUUGCUUACAGAUAUACAUUAAAUUACCUAUAACAGUGGCUGCACCAUUAUUCUAGGACGUUUUUUUUUUUUCACUGUUUCGUAAAAUACAUGGUAUGUUCCAUCCAUGUAUAUAUUAUCUAUGGUUAUAGAUACAUUAUCAGGACUAUGGUCCUACUUUUACAAUUGAUACCAUAUUUUUAGGUUAAGUUCUAAUUUUUUCACUUGUCAUUUAAAAAUAUUGUAUCAUUGUCUACUUCUACUACUUCUAGAUUAUAGGCAUUAAUACAUAAUUAAAAAUCGUACAUCUUUAAGUACACUCCGAUUGUCCGAUUGAAAUAAUUUACAUUUAAAAAAUGGAUACAAUUAUCGAUAGAGGUGCACCUAAAGCUCGUAAUUUCGAACCAUACGCUAGUAACGGAGGGUAAGUAAUAAACGUUUUAUAUUUAAAUGUUUUAUUAUAAUGUUAAGCGGCUUAAAAAAUUAUUUAUAAUUGUUAAUCAAUACUUUCAGAUCAAUUGUCGCUAUUAGCGGUAAGGAUUUUGCUAUUGUCGCUUCAGACACUCGUCUCAGUGAAGGAUAUAUGAUUUACACACGGAAGCAAUCAAAGUUAUUCCAACUGUCUGACAAAUCGGUUCUUGGUUGCACAGGAUGCUGGUGUGACACAUUAUCAUUGACUAAUAUUGUUGAAACACAGUUGAAGGUAUUUAACUUUAAAACUAUACUGUAAUUUACCUGGCAAUUUAAAAUUUAAAAUUUGUUUUUUUUUCAGUCAUACCUGUACGAUCAUAACAAUGUAAUGCAGCCAGGUUCUAUUGCCCAAUUGCUAUCAACUUUGUUGUACAGCAGACGCUUUUUCCCAUAUUACGUAUACAAUGUACUCGCUGGUCUUGAUGAUAAUGGUGAAGGAUGUUUGUAUAGUUAUGAUCCUGUUGGCCAUUGUGAAAAAGUGUCUUACACUGCUGGUGGCAGUUCUGGCGUUCUCAUGCAACCAUUUUUGGAUAGUUGGGUAAAUUAAAAUUUGUUUAGUAUUAUUUAACAAAAAUCUGAUUAAUAAUGUCAUAUCAAGUAUUUAAACUUAAUUAAAUAUAAUGAAUAUUGCUAAGAAUGUCAACUUUUACAAUUUCAAAAACUGGAAAACAGAACCAAAAUAUUUCUGUACACUUGUAUCUAAGAGUUGUAAAAUUCUCAUAUAAUUAUAACCACUAGAUAUCUGUUCUAAUUAUUAUACUACACAUUAGACACCAUAACUCAUAUAGAAUCCUCAUAAAUCAUAAAACUUAUUAAAACUUAACAUCUAUUAUUAAACAAAAUAUGAAUAGAAUUCUGACCAUAAGUACUAUUGUAUGUUUAAUAAAGGUCAAUUGCAUUACAGUUAGAUAUUAAUAUAAUUAAUGAAAUUGUUUAUUGAUAUCAGUUUUGCAAAAUUUAUGGUAGAAAAGUUGUUCACAGAAGAAAAAAAAGAAGCAUAUACUUCAAAAUUUGAGCCCUAUUUAUGACAUUAGUUUUUAAACCCGCAUUAACUAUUAAAACCUUAUUUUAAACCAAAUUUUUUUAGUCAGUAAUAUUUUUUCAUACAUUUUUUUUUUGAAAAACUUAUAUUUUGUUUAUUAAGGUUCUGCUUCUGAUAUAAUACAUUAGCAAACAAUGGUUUGAAAUUUACUAGUUUAAGUGUAAUAUUUGUAUAAUUUUUUCUGGUAACCUAAUGUUUUUUUUUUUUAAUUUUAAGUAUACCUACUGCAUAAUUGAUAUUAAAACAUUGUCUUUUAUUUUCAUAACCAUAUAUGAUAUAAUUUGUAUAUCAAACUUUAGUAAAAGCUCUAAAAAAAAAUACCGUUUGUUAACAUUUGUCAUCCUUUACUAAAUAAUUAUUAUUACAAUCAUAUUAAGCAUAAUAACAAAAAAAUUGUAUUUUUUUUUUUUUACUAGUUGGCGAAAAGAACAGCAGAUAACCCUGUGUCUGAAGAAGAAGCUUUAAACUUGGUAAAAGAUGCCUUUACCGCAGCUGGAGAACGUGAUAUAUAUACUGGUGAUGAAGUAGUAUAUAACAUAAUCAAGAAAGAAGGAAUUAAAUCGGGUGUGGUUCAACUCCGUAAGGAUUAAAUAAUAAUAAACAGACAAGAGUCAACAUUUAUAAUAUUUUUUUUUAUACAUUAAAUAAGCGCAUAAUAUUGUAUUUGAUGAAAAUAAUAAAAGUAAUCAGGAUAAAAAUUAAUUUUGAAUUAUUGACUUAAAAAAAAAUAAAAAUGUUUUAAUGAUGAUAAAAAAGUUUACUAUUGUAUAAAUACACCGUUAUUUACAACCGUGACUAGGCUUGCCUACAACUAAACU